GGCCCACACGUGGGCCACCACGUGCAUCGUCCGGCCGGCGAGGGACCACGGCGGCACCCACCCGCGGACCCGCCGGCGCACGGUUCCGGAAUCACUUCCCACGCGAUUCCACCCUCUCGCCGAGACGCUGACCCAACAACCCGAGCAUCGCGGAAUCCGCCGCCCCCCUGAAAAGAAAGCAAGCGAGCGUACAAAGGGCGCGUGCGCGGUGCGCGGGUGUCGGAGGAGGAGUAGGUGGGCAGAUCGAUCGGAGCGGUUCGGUAGGGGUCGGAGGCCGGCCGCCAUGGCAGCAGCGGGAGGAGCGGGACGGGGAGGAGGGAAAGGAGGAGGAGGGAAGGGGGAGGGGUCGCUGGCGUACAGGGCGUGGAGGCUGUACCUGCUCCAGCUCCAGCAGCACCCGCUUCGCACAAAGAUGAUCACGGCGGGGUGCCUCGCCGGCGUCAGCGACUCCGUGGCGCAGAAGCUCUCCGGGUACCAGAAGAUUGAGAAGCGCAGGCUGUUCCUCAAGAUGCUCUUUGGUUUUGCACAUGGUGGCCCAUUUGGACAUUUUUUGCACAAAAUUCUGGAUUAUAUCUUCAAAGGGAAGAAGGAUACCAAAACUAUAGCUAAGAAGGUUUUGCUGGAGCAAGUGACAUCUUCUCCCUGGAACAAUUUGUUGUUCUUGUUCUAUUAUGGAUAUGUUGUUGAGAGGAGGCCUUUGAAGGAGGUGACGAUCAGGGUGAAGAAACAGUAUCCUUCUGUGCAAUUGAGUGCUUGGAUGUUUUGGCCGAUUGUUGGCUGGAUAAACCAUCAGUACAUGCCUUUGCAAUUCCGUGUGAUCUUCCACAGCCUUGUUGCGUGUUGUUGGGGGAUAUUUCUCAACCUUCGCGCAAGGGCUAUGUCUCUGAAGCAGGCUUAGAUGGUAUGGAAGGAACAAAUAGCAGCACAGCAUCAACCCAGCUACUAACCUGCCAAAGAACAAGGAUGCUGGACGCUAUACCCUGUCGACCUAUACUGUUCUGGGGGGAAAAUUCUUCUUGAAGCCAUGCAAGUAGUUGAAGAUUUCGACUAUAUAUCCAGUAGUAGUCGGUUUAUUUGAUUGUCAACACGUGAAGACAGAUUAAGCUUUUGUGAAUCGUAAUGGAACCGAAGUAUGACGAGUUUUCCUGCCUUUGAGAACAGCC